AACAUCCACAAAUGCAAAACCUUGGAACAAAAUGGCUUCUAAGUCCCCUAAUCAUUUGUCUUCAAAGCAUAAAACCUUCCUCAUUCUCUUGCUUUUCUCCUUAGCCCUCAUGCUCUUUGUACUCCCAAUGAAGCCCAAAAGAGUCCCUACUAUCACCAACAUAUUUCAAGUGGAUCAAAGAAAACCUUCUUGGUUUGAUGUCAUAGAGAAAAAAAUUGGUAGCGAGAGGAUUAAGGUAGGUCUAGUUAAUAUUGGUCAUACAAGAGUGGAUGCUUGUCUUUAUGACCAACUAGAUGCACUGUAUCCACUAGUAGAGACGGUACUUGUUGAUUUUGAUCAUGUUAAUGAGAACUUGCAAUGGAAAGAUUUGUUCCCUGAGUGGAUUGAUGAAGAUGAGAAAUGGGGCUAUCCAAAGUGCCCUGAUUUGCCAAUGCCAACAUGGGAGGAUUAUAGAGAUGUCAAUGUAGUGGUGGCAAAAGUUCCAUGUGGGAAUGGAACUAGUUGGGAUGUGUUUAGGUUGCAAGUUAACUUGGUGGUGGCUAAUUUGGCAGUGGAGAGUGGAUGGGAUAUGAAAUUGGGUGCUUAUGAACAGGUUUAUGUUGUGUUUAUUGGGUCAUGUUGUCCCAUGGUAGAAAUUUUCAGAUGUGAUGACCUGUUGUUGCAUCAAUCAGGUCAGCAUAGGGUGUACAAGCCUGAUUUGUGGAGCCUCAGGCAGACAAUGCUUAUGCCUGUUGGUUCUUGCCAGAUUGCUCCUGCUUAUGCACAAACAGAAGGUAAAGAGGUGUGGAAAGCCUAUAGAUCACAAUCACCAGCAACAUUGAAACACAAUCACACCACACGCGUGCCAAGAUUAGCCUAUGUAACAGUCCUCCACUCUUCAGAAGCUUAUGUUUGUGGUGCAAUAGCUCUAGCACAAAGCAUCCUUCAACAUAACAUCAGCUACACCACAGACCUUCUUCUCCUUGCAGACUAUUCCAUCGGUCCCGAAUCGACAAAGGGUCUGAAAGCUGCAGGGUGGAAGAUCAAACGCAUUCAACGAAUCAAGAACCCCUUUGCAGAAAAAGGCUCAUACAAUGAGUGGAACUACAGCAAGCUGAGAAUAUGGCAGCUCACAAUGUAUGAGAAGAUCAUAUAUUUAGAUUCUGAUCUUCUAGUCCUCAGAAACAUUGAUGUUUUCUUCUCUUACCCUCAAUUAUCGGCUGCACCUAACGAUUUCUCGUUUUUCAAUUCUGGGUUGAUGGUGAUUGAGCCUUCCCACUGCAUGUUUGAGGAAAUGCUGCAGAAAACUUUGACAGUGAAACCUUAUAAUGGGGGUGACCAAGGCUUGCUCAAUGAGGUUUUCACAUGGUGGCACAGGUUGCCAACAAAGGUGAACUUCCUGAAGAGUUUUCAAGAUAAGGAAGGGAAUAAUGAGGAGGUGGAGAUUCCUGAGGAUUUGUAUGUGAUGCAUUACUUGGGUUUGAAGCCAUGGAUGUGUUACAGAGAUUAUGAUUGUAACUGGGACAUGCAGAUUCUCCAUAUUUUUGCUAGUGACUUGGCUCAUAGAAUGUGGUGGAAGGUGUAUGAUAGCAUGUCUGAAGAGUUGCAAGGCUAUUGUGGGCUUACACAGAAAAUGGAUGAAAGGAUCAUUCAGAGGAGGAUAAGAGCAAAGAAUGCUAAUUUGUCUGAUGGGCAUUGGAAGAUUGAAGCUAAGGAUCCUAGAAGGAAGCAUUAUGAGGUUUGAAUUAAUUAGAACAAUACAGGGUAUGAUAUGAAAUGAUCAAAAUUAAGGUUUCUAGCAAGAGCUUGCUUGAGUGUUGUGAGAAACUCAUAUAUACACACAUAUUUCUUUUUUCCAGAAAUAAUACAAUAUUUCAUGGCCA